AUGCGCUUUGUAUUCGUAUGGGUAGACAAUAGUGAGCGUAAAAAAGCUCCGUUUGUUUAUUUAAAAGCACAGCUGUGGGCAGAGGUAUGCAACACCGGUGCAGGACGUGCGUGUGGAAUUCCAGUUGUGCAUAUGCUUCGACGGCAUCCCAAGCCUUCGAAGGGAGGUAUGGGAAGGCUGGAGGAAAUGCUCACAGGUGUGGCAUCAGUGGCUAGAGCAGAUAAGAGCUCACAAACAGUAAAGAGAGGGGCAAUUGCGUCGUCGUUUAUUAGACUGUCAGGUGGGGGCAUGCUCCUCCUUCCACAGGAACAUGAAUCACCAGUCGCGAAGGAAACAGCUGUGAUGGAUCCCUACAGUUCUCUUUGGAUAAGGCUGGACCCGAGCAGGACGUAUGCUGACUGA